GCCGGGCCCGCGGGACUGCUUGGCCGCUUGCGCUGCCCCGAUGAUGUUACCGAGCCCCGUCACCUCCACACCUUUCUCUGUCAAAGACAUCCUCAACCUGGAGCAGCAGCAGGACCCGCACUAUGGGGCCCAGCUCCCGCACCACCUGGAGCACCACUUCCACCCCGCUGCCUGCCUGCUUGCGGCCGCCGACGGCGCCCGCUUCUCCGACGGCGAGGAGGAAGAGGAGGAGGAAAAGCUUUCCUACCUGAGCCCCAUGGCAGCGCCCGGCAGCCAGGCAGACGCUCGGAUCUCCGCCGACAACUACGUUCACGCCGUGCUGCGUGGCUCCUGCGAGGCCCCCGGCCCGGGAGAAGAGCUGGACCCCGCGGUCCGCGACCCAAAAAGUUGCGUCCUGAAGAAGCCGCUGGACGCUGCGGAGAAGGCGGAGGAGACGGAGAGGCCAAAGCAGAGGAGCCGGAGGAAGCCGCGCGUACUCUUCUCCCAGGCGCAGGUCUUCGAGCUGGAGCGUCGAUUCAAGCAGCAGCGUUACCUGUCGGCGCCCGAGCGGGAGCACCUGGCCAGCAGCCUCAAGCUCACCUCCACGCAGGUGAAGAUCUGGUUCCAGAACCGGCGCUACAAGUGCAAGCGGCAGCGGCAGGACAAGUCGCUGGAGCUGGGCGGCCCCGCGGCCCCGCCGCCGCCGCGCMGGGUGGCCGUGCCCGUGCUGGUCCGUGACGGCAAGCCGUGCCUCGGCGGGUCGCAGGGCUACAGCUCGGCAUACAACGGGCCCUACUCCUACAACGGCUUCCCCGCCUACGGCUACGGCAACGCUGCCUCCUACAACCCCGGCUACGGCUGCACCUACCCGGCGGGCACCGGUGGCGCGUCCAUGCAAGCCGCCUGCAGCCCGGCGGCGGCCGCCAGCCCCUUCGUGAACGUGGGCGGCCUGGGGGGCUUCAGCGGCGGCGGCCAGCCGCUGCACCAGGCGGCGGCGGGGCCUUCCUGCGGCCAGGGCGCACUGCAGGGCAUCCGGGCCUGGUAGCCCGCACGCACUGAGGGUCGGGAGCGGACCGACAGGACGGCUCGGCGGCUCCGCGGCCCCGUUAUCACCCGCACCGCAGCCCGGCUGCGCGCCACGCGCCCUGGACCGGAGGCGGCGGCGGGACGGCGCGGCGGGACUCUGGCGCUCCCGCGAGCAUCAUGCGGGGCCGGCGAUGGAUGGAGCGGAGCGGCGAGGCAGGACGGGGCCACCCGAACCCGCAGCGAAGCGCCGCCGCCCCGCGGAGCCGCCGCGACGGCCGGGCSGGCCGGGCGGAACGGAGCCGAUCGCGCCGCGCCAGCGGAGCAGCUUUGCUUGUAAAAAGCCGACGGCGGGGCCCGCUAGUGCCGCGGCCCCUCUGUCUACUCUGUAUCGGUCACUGCCAGCGCCAGCUCGCCCAGUCAGUCAAUA